GGAGAUAUUUAAAGGCGCUGGCGCCAGGCGCAGUUCUCUUACCGGUGCAACCCGCCCCGUUCCGGCCCCUAGUCUGAAGCCCGGCCCCUUUCGCCUGUCUCUGUCACUCCGUGCGGAGUCACCGUCAGCAUGUCGGACAAACUGCCCUACAAAGUCGCUGACAUCAGCCUGGCCUCUUGGGGACGCAAGGCCCUGGAUAUCGCCGAGAAUGAGAUGCCGGGCCUGAUGCGCAUGCGGGAGAUGUACUCAGCUUCCAAGCCACUGAAGGGUGCCCGCAUCGCUGGCUGCCUGCACAUGACUGUUGAGACAGCCGUCCUCAUUGAGACCCUCGUUGCCCUGGGUGCUCAGGUGCAGUGGUCCAGCUGCAACAUCUUCUCCACCCAGGACCAUGCAGCAGCUGCCAUUGCCAAGGCCGGCAUUCCAGUGUAUGCCUGGAAGGGUGAAACAGACGAAGAGUACCUGUGGUGCAUUGAGCAGACUCUGUACUUCAAGGAGGGGCCUCUCAAUAUGAUUCUGGAUGACGGCGGUGACCUCACCAACCUCAUCCACACCAAGUACCCACAGCUCUUGUCAGGCAUCCGAGGCAUCUCUGAGGAAACCACGACUGGGGUCCACAACCUAUAUAAGAUGAUGGCCAACGGGAUCCUGAAGGUUCCUGCCAUCAACGUCAAUGACUCCGUCACAAAGAGCAAAUUUGACAACCUCUAUGGCUGCCGGGAGUCGCUCAUGGAUGGCAUCAAGCGGGCCACAGAUGUGAUGAUUGCGGGCAAGGUGGCGGUGGUAGCGGGAUAUGGCGAUGUGGGCAAGGGCUGUGCCCAGGCCCUGAGGGGUUUUGGGGCCCGAGUCAUCAUCACCGAGAUUGACCCCAUCAAUGCACUGCAGGCCGCCAUGGAGGGCUAUGAAGUGACUACCAUGGACGAGGCUUGUCGGGAGGGCAACAUCUUUGUCACCACCACAGGCUGUGUUGACAUCAUCCUUGGCAGGCACUUUGAGCAGAUGAAGGAUGAUGCCAUUGUGUGUAACAUUGGGCACUUCGACGUGGAAAUUGAUGUCAAAUGGCUGAAUGACAAUGCUGUAGAGAAAGUGAACAUCAAGCCCCAGGUGGACCGCUACCGGCUGAAGAAUGGGCGCCGCAUCAUCCUCCUGGCCGAGGGUCGUCUGGUCAACCUUGGCUGUGCGAUGGGUCACCCCAGCUUCGUGAUGAGCAACUCCUUCACCAACCAGGUGCUGGCGCAGAUUGAACUGUGGACCCAUCCGGACAAGUACCCCGUUGGGGUCCACUUCCUACCCAAGAAGCUGGAUGAAGCAGUAGCUGAAGCUCACCUUGGCAAGCUGAAUGUGAAGCUGACCAAGCUGACUGAGAAGCAGGCCCAGUACCUGGGCAUGUCCCGUGACGGCCCCUUCAAGCCAGAUCACUACCGCUAUUGAGAACCAGGCCUGCCCUUUUUGCCUUCUAGCUGCUGUCCUUGCCCAGGUCCCAUCUCUCCUCCCCAAGAGCAAAUGGCGCCAACUUUGAGAAUGGUUUGUUAAUGUCCCCCGUUGACUCCCUGGAGCUGGUCACUCAGUAUGGCCAUCCCUCAUACUGUUCCAUGUGUGGCAGGGGGAAUUGUGAAGUCCCUCCGCAAGCCCUGGUCAAUGUGGUAUACAUGGGGACCAUGAGCUCGGAGGUUCUGGAACUGCUCACUCAGUCUGUCCUUCCUUAGGCUGAGAAUUAGAAGUGGCAGUCACAAUGCCUGUGCACUUUACUGUCUUUCACCUGACCUACGGAUGUUGUACCCACAUUCUUGGUGUACAGGUUCACUGGUUCCUCAGCCCACGAGAGAUGAGAAGGAGCUACGUCAGUGGGCAGGGAGGAACUGUUGGAGUUUGAAUGCUCCUGAGAGCCUUGCUUAGCGCUGGGCAUUCUCUUAAACCUCAGAACAGUGAGGUUGGUACUUUCAGUCCCUAUUUUACAGGGGUUAUAAAAUAUACCAUUAGGGGACAGCCAAGAAAGGACAAGAGAAGUGACAGCCAGAGGUUGAGAGGGGCCAGAGAAUCUUAAAAGCAGACAUAGAUCUGCCACCACUUUGUAAUGGUUCUGUCACAACCCUGGAUCAAAAAGAGGUUAAUUGGGUUUAUAAUGUUUAUAUGUAUAAUGCUUAUAAUGUUAGAGCAGGAAGGUAGGUAAAUAAAAAUUUUGGUGCCUAAAAGAA